AUGGGAGGUGGACAAUGGAGAGUGCUAGUUAGGACUGCUCAAGAUUCCCCAGAGCCACAACAGUGCAAGAGAACCCUUGUGAUUUAUGGCUCAAAGGGCAAAAGUGAUGAUCUUUUGCUUUCUUCACAAAGCUCAGGAUAUGUGUGUUUUCGACCAGGAGCAACUGAUGAAUUCCUUGUUGAACCUGCAGAUGUUGGUGACGUGUACAAGAUUCGGAUCACUUGUGAUGAUUUGCCAGACUUUAAGGGCUGGCAUUUGAAGUCUUGUCAGAUGGAAGAGCUGCGCACUAAUCAGGAGGUGAACUUUGACUGCAGCUGCUGGCUUUCUGUUAGCCAAGAACACCAAGAGUUGGUGAAAGAAUUCCCCGCAGUGAAAAAGAACCAGAAACCUUUGCCAGUGCAUAAAUAUAUCAUCUGUGUACACACUGGAGACCACUGGGGGUCAGAAACCUUUGCAAACCUCUAUAUAACACUUUAUGGUGAAAGGGGAGAUACAGGUGUUAGGCAACUGCAAAACGCUCUUACAGAAGAAGUAAAAUAUCAAAAAAACAAGGUGGAUUCCUUUUUGGUGGAGGCUGUCUCCUUGAGCCAUUUGAAAAAGAUAGUUGUAGGACAUGAUGGAGAAGGGUAUGGAGCUGGAAUAUACCUGAAAAUGAUAACAGUGAAGAAGUCAGAGAACUCAGAUAAAGAAUGGCUUUUCCCAUGCUGGAGCUGGCUGGAUACUCAUAUAGGAAUCUGUGACACCAUUUGUGACAUUAAAACUAUAGGUGAGUUCUCCUUUAAGAAAAUAUACUGA